AUGAUAACUUAUUUUGGAAGACGUGCUUUGAAUCCAAUAUUUUAUAUUGGUUUAGUCGUUGUUUUGAAAAAUGUCUUGUUUGGGAUAUAUUGGUUAUUAAAUUAUUUGAAAGCUAAAUUAUUUUUAAAUGAUUUGAAAAGUUAUGGGAAUACAAUAGUGAUUACAGGAUGUACGGAUGGGAUUGGGAAAAGUUUAGCUUAUUCAUUGGCUAAGCAAAAUGUGAAUUUAUUAUUAAUUAGCAGAAAUGAAAAGGAAUUAAAAAACAUAAAAAAAGAUUUAUUAGAAAUAAAUAAAAAUUGUCAAAUAACUAUUGAUUAUAUAGUUUUUGAUUAUAAUGAGCAUAAAUUUUCUUCAUAUAAAAGUUUACAAGAAAAACUUCAAAAAAUUGAUGUUGGAAUUUUAAUUAACAAUGUUGGAAUUUCAUAUCCAAACCCGUUGUAUUUCCACGAAAUGGAAACAGAGCUAAUAGAGCAAUUAGUGAAUGUAAAUUUGAUGUCUGCUUAUUUCAUGACAAGAUUAGUUUUACCAACAAUGAUAAAAAAAAGAAAGGGUUUAAUUUUGUAUACAUCAAGUGGUGUGACGUCUUUACAAACGUCCCCGUUAUAUACUGUCUAUGCAUCUGUUAAAGAUGGAGUAUGUUCAUUUGCGAAUUCUUUGAGCGCGGAGUUAAAGGAAUAUAAUAUACAAGUCCAGUGUCAUACCCCUAUGUUCAUUACAACAAAAUUAUCAAAAAUAAAAAAAAGUAGUUUAUUUGUGCCCACACCUGAAAUAUAUUCUGAAUGUAUCAUCAGAAAAAUGAAGGAAGGGAACAUUUUACCAUACAAUGUUAUAUCUUCUCCAUAUUUUUUUCAUAAAAUUCAGAUUUUUUUUUAUAAUUGUCUUCCUAAAUGGCUAUUCAGUAUGGCUUCGUUAGCCUCACUUAAGAUAGUCAGACAAAAGGCAUUGAAAAAAAUGAAGAAAGAAGAAUAA